GGGGAACCAACGAAACUGUGAUGACAACCAUAGAACGGGAAAUGGAACUGUGAUGAGCUCCAGUCGUCCUGCUCCAGCCCGCCGAGGAGAGCAGAGGAGAGCACGGCUUCGCAUGCAGUCCAGUCCUGGAGCCACCAUGCACGUUUGCCACCCACGGGAGCUUUCUUACACUUGAUGCUCGGGCUUUUUUAUUUUUUUUAUUUUUCUUUUCUGUGUGAGUGCGGUUUGUUCUUUUUUUAUUAGCCUGCCUUGUUUGUGAGGGGGUGCAAGGACACUACACAGAGCAUCCUCUGUUCACACGCACCACCCUCCUCCUCCUCCUCCUCCGCCUCCUCCUCAUCCUCUCGGAAAGAAAGGACCUUCAGGAUCUUCUCCUCCUGCAGCAGGAGCAGACAUGGAUCUAUGGCUUGACUCGAUGCGGAUUUGCCGGUGGAGGGUUUUCUUCCUGCUCAGCCUCCUUUUCCGGGACCACCUGAGCUCCAUGCUGGACUGCCCGCCGACCUGCAGCUGCUCGCAGACCGAGAUCUAUUGCAAUAAGUCGGACAGCGGCAGGUUCUUCCCGCUGCUCGCCGUGCAGGACACCGGCGGCAACGGCAACGGCACCGGCGUGGACAUAGCGGACCUGUUCAAGAACAUCACGUCCAUACACAUCGAGAACUGGACGGGGCUGCAGACUCUACGAGACGUGGACAUGGAGCUCUACACGGGACUGCAGAGACUAACCAUCAUGAAUUGCAACCUGAAGGUGAUCCAGGCUCGGGCGUUUGCUCAGAAUCCGCACCUCCGCUACAUAAACCUGUCCAAGAACCCUCUCAGCACGCUGUCCUGGCAGCUCUUCAAGCACCUUCAACUCUCCGAGCUGCGACUGGACGGCGUGGUGUUCGACUGCGGCUGCGACAUCCGCUGGAUCCAGCUGUGGCAGGAGCGAGGGGAGGCGGGCCUUCACACGCAGCAGCUGUACUGCAGGAACGGAGCCUCCAAGAUGAGGCUACACAACAUGUACAUACACAACUGUGACUUGCCAGAGAUCAGUGUGAGCCACAGCAGCGUGUUAGUGAUGGAAGGCGACAACGUGACAGUGAGCUGUAAUGGAUCCGGAUCACCGCUGCCCGAAGUGGACUGGACUGUCAGCGACCUGCACUCCAUCAACACACAUCUGUCCAACGUGUACUGGCCCAACAUCCACUCCAUCAACCUGACGCUCUUCAACGUCAGCCGAGACGACAACAACUACCAGCUGACCUGCAUCGCCGAGAACGUGGUGGGCAUGACCAACUCCUCCAUCCAGCUCAACGUCCAGUUUCCUCCCGUCAUCCUGAGACUGGCUGAGCCCGAGCAGCGCCACGACACCUGCAUCGAGUUUACGGUGCGCGGUUACCCCCACCCCAAGCUGCGCUGGUUCCACAAGAACAAGGAGAUCCUCCACAACCAGUACAUCCGUACAGAGAUGGACUUCUACCAGGACUACCUGGAAGGCUGCCUGACGUUCCAGAAUCCGACGCACAUCAACAAUGGAAACUACACCCUAGAGGCCAGCAAUUCUCUGGGAACGGUCAACAAGACGGUGUACGGUCACUUCCUCAUGGCGCCGGGCAUCGAUGACGAAGACGUGGUGGAACUGGUCCCUUCGGCGCCAACAGACUCGGAUUCGGGCCGCCCAGACGAGGACACGUUCGGGGUUUCCAUCGCCGUGGGUUUGGCGGGCUUCGCCUGCGUCCUCCUCCUCGUCCUUUUCGUCCUCAUCAACAAGUACGGGCGACGCUCCAAAUUCGGAAUGAAAGGCCCAGUCGCUGUGAUUAGCGGUGAGGAAGACUCGGCCAGCCCUCUCCAUCACGUCAACCACGGGAUCAUAACACCCUGCACGCUGGACGCGGGACCGGACGCCGUCGUCAUCGGGAUGACUCGCAUUCCCGUGGUGGAGAACCCGCAGUAUUUCCGACACGGACACAACUGCAACAAGCCGGCCACUCUGGUCCAGCAUAUCAAGCGCAGAGACAUCAUCCUGAAGCGGGAACUCGGCGAAGGAGCUUUCGGAAAAGUCUUCCUGGCCGAGUGUUACAACCUGAGUCCCACCAAGGACAAGAUGCUGGUGGCUGUCAAGACGCUGAAGGACCCCAACCUGUCGGCGAGAAAGGACUUCCAGAGGGAGGCGGAGCUGCUAACCAACCUGCAGCACGACCACAUCGUCAAAUUCUACGGCGUGUGCGUGGAUGGUGACCCGCUCAUCAUGGUCUUUGAGUACAUGAAGCACGGAGACCUCAACAAGUUCCUCAGAGCCCACGGCCCAGACGCCAUGAUCCUGGUGGACGGCCAGCCGCUGCAGUCCAACGGUGAGCUGGGCCUGUCCCAGAUGCUGCACAUCGCCUCGCAGAUAGCCUCAGGCAUGGUCUACCUGGCCUCGCAGCACUUUGUCCACAGAGACCUGGCCACCCGCAACUGCCUGGUGGGCAACGGUCUGCUGGUCAAGAUCGGAGACUUCGGCAUGUCGAGGGACAUCUACAGCAGCGACUACUACAGGGUCGGAGGACACACCAUGCUACCCAUUCGCUGGAUGCCCCCCGAGAGCAUCAUGUACAGGAAGUUCUCCACGGAGAGCGAUGUCUGGAGCUUCGGCGUCAUCUUGUGGGAGAUCUUCACUUACGGGAAGCAGCCUUGGUUUCAGCUGGGCAACAACGAGGUGAUCGAGUGCAUCACGCAGGGUCGCGUCCUGGACCGUCCUCGCAUUUGCCCCAAGGAGGUGUACGACAUCAUGCUGGGCUGCUGGCAGAGGGAGCCCCAGCAGCGACUCAACAUCAAGGACAUCCAGAAGGUUCUGUUCGCCAUGGGGAAGGCCACGCCCGUCUACCUGGACAUCCUGGGCUAGGCCCCGCCCACACAGGAAGAAGAGUCAAACACAACCUGCUCCACUGUCGAAGAAACAACAAGGUUUUUUUGGGAAGGACUUAAGUGCCUGCAACACUUUUGGAUAUAGUGGAUAUAAAACAUAUGAAAAAAAACUUUUACAUUUUGUUUACUUGCGUAUGAGCUGUACAGGUUUCAAGACUUGUUUCCUCCCCCCCCCCCCGUGAAAUAUUCAGAUGGGCAACAGGAAAAGGGCCGCGGUUUGCUAACGACGACGACGACGACGACAACACAGCUAGAAUCUCCCUCGGCUUUGGUUUUAUGAAUAUAUAUAGAAAUAUGACAUAUAUUUUAUAUUUAUUUCCUGCCGUGUGUUAAGGGCUGGUCCUCGACCGAGACGCCAAACAAACUUUUGGCAGGGACUCCAGGAUGGAAGCCUUACUUGCACUCUCGGAACGCCGAUUAACGCUUGGAAGCAGGAGGAGAGGACCUACCCAAUCAGACAAGUGACAAAUCUAUUUUAAUUUCAAAGAAAAACUACAAAAAAAGACAAGAUUGUACAUAUUGUAAAGUUCUCUGUGUCAAAGUUAUGUUAACUUAUUUUUUUCCCCCCGCCCACAAUUUAUUUUCACUUCCGACUGUGAUGUCUGGGUGGGAUUCCGCAGUAAAACGCUCUGGAACCACACCACAUUUUCCACGCUAGCAUACAGCGCUCCUUUUAAGGCCCAUCCGCUUUUAGACAGCUUUUUCCACUCGAGAAAAGAAAAGCUUUCUUCCAUUUUCAGUACGUUAUUUUUGGUCGUGUUUUUCCCUCCACCUCCUAGCAAAAGAAACUUUAUACGUUAAUAAUUCAACGUUACCUGCGCUUAGCCAAGGCACUCACGUUCAAUAAGAAACCACCACUGCUGCCGAGAGGGGAUUUAUACUCUGGAACUCUGGAAACGUCCAAAGUUUCGUUCAAAUUGCGACUCUACAGCCCGCUUAAAAACAAAAUUCAUUUUGUGUUAAUUUUUACAGGCAGUUACGAUCGAAAAUAAAUGGCAAUGUUUGUGGUCGUAAAUACUUGAUAGAUUUUUGCGUGUUUUUUCCAACCUCCUGCUCCGUGCUGCCCCCUGCUGCUGUGGAGUGUUACAUCCUUGUGUUUCCCAACGGGUAUUAAAGCCACGCAGAAAGUCACAAGAAUUAUGUUUUCUUUUGUUUCUUUCAUCAUUUUCAUAGUUUGUAAAAGUCAUAAUUUCCUCUGGAAAAUGUCCAAAUGUUAUCCGCAUACUUUUAUGGUCUGAAAGCAGCAAUAUUAUGAGAAAAUGCCGUAAUGUUACUUCUUUACGGUAUUCUGGAAAACAAAGGUUUUCUCGUAGUAUUACGACUUCAACUGUAUUAUUGCUGUGAUAUUGAAGUAAAGCUGUGUUCUUUUCACGUCAUUCAGGCCCAUCCGCUCUCACACGGUCGCUUUUAGAUGGGAAGCAGCUUUUUCCACUCGAGAAAAGAAAAGCUUUUUUCCAUUUUCAGAUAUUUACGUAAAGCUAUGUUCUUUUCAAGUUAUAUUACAAUUUGAGUCUCGGGGAAAUUAUGACAUUUCCUCAUAAUAUUAAAAACAUUCUCUUUGGGGAAAAUCCAACUAGUUUUUAUGAGAUUUUUUUUCAUUGUAUAUUCUCGUAAAAAUCCCAACUUUAUUUUUACAUCAUUGAUACAUUUGUAACAAUUUUUCCUGGUAAUAUUUAUAUUCAUUCUUGUGAAAUUAUGACCUUAAUCCAGUCGGGAGUGGCUUAAUGUAACUCGGAAAAUGGUCCAAGUUAAAACGGACACUCCUGCAACCCAACAAUGCACUUAAAAACUAAAUUCAGUUUGUGUUGGGUUUUGGGGGGGCUGGUUCCGAUCAAAAAUAAAAGGCAAUGUUUGUGGUCGUAAAUAUUUGAUCGAUUUUUACGUUUUCUUUCCAACCCCUUGCUGUAUGCUGCCCCCUGCUGCUGUGGAGUGUGUAUUAGGGCCACGCAGAAAUAUUUACGUCUCAUAAGAAUAAAGUUUUAAUGUCACAAUUGGGGUUUUAUUAAUGACAGAAAAAGAGUCAUUUCAUCAAGAGAGUAGGAAUUUCGCACACAUAUAUAUUUGGGUCCGAAAGUUGCAAUAUUCUGAAAAAAUGUUGUAACGUUACUUCUUUAUUCUGGAAAAAGGUUUUCUCGUAAGAUUACGACUUCAUCAGUCCGGCGACGUUUCGGUGAAGCUGUUCUUUUCACGUCAUGUUACAGUUUCAAUCUUGAAAAGUUAGGACUUCAAAUGUUAUGGUUGGGAAAUUAAAACGUUUUUUGUCAUGACAUUUUUUCUUCCUUGUAAAUUUUUUCUCGUAAAAAAAAAAACCAUUGACACAUUUUGUAACAACUUUCCCCAGUAAUGUUUAUUCUUGUGAAAUGACGACGGUAUUGUCAUCGGGAGUGGCUUAAUAUCACUCGCUAAAACUGGAAUGGUUCAAAAGCGCACUUAACUAAACUAAACAAAACAGUGAAAUCAUUUUUUUUUGGUUUUUUUUGUUAGCAAAACAGAAACAGACCAAAACAGAAACAAUAUGCAUCAGUGUUUUUUGAAAUCGCUUGCUUGCUUUCCAACUUCCUGCUAGAUGCUGCCCCCCCCCACUGCUGUGCAGCGUCGCAAGCGGAGCACUAGCUAGUUAUAUUCUUUACCAUUAAGCCGAAAUUGAAUACAAUUUUAUUUUUUGUUGUUGAAUGGAUAUUUUUUUAUCUGGAAAUGACACAAAAAAGUUGUAAAAAAAAAAAAAAAAGAGAAAAAACGUUUUAAACGUUUUCAAAGUGUUAUUACAAAACAAAAUUGCUAUUUUUAUUAUUGUUUAGUAGAAAAUCACUCAUGCUCUGUUCGUUUGUUCUAGAUGAUGCUAGAAGUUUGUAGAAACCUUCACAAUGGCGUAAAAUAUUGCUGCAUUUUUUUGUCCGUGUUGCUAGAAUUUGCACUAUGGCUAAUUUUCGAUCAUAAUGAAGUUGUGAAUGUUUCAACGUCUUUUUCCACUUUCUUGUGUCAUUUCCUACAUGAAGAUAAGCCACUAUUCAACAAAUAAAAUAUCAUUUUGUGAGCAACUCAUUUAAAGACACGAUUGUCGGCUAGCUGGCUAGCUAGCUAACCAGCCCAACUACUCUGAAAGUUAGAACUUGGCGUAUUCUUUUGUUUUUUUUGUUUUGAAGAGAAAGUUAGCCACUUUCAAACUUUAUUCGGACCCAUGAGGCCGCUAGUCAGCUAGGUCCGCUGGGAUUAAACAAACCAGAUUAGCAGCUAAUUAGCCAACUUCAGACCAGCUGCGAGAUCAUAUUUUUGUCUUUUAUUUCACAGAUCCAAGGUCGCUGCUUCAGUUUGCUGUGCAGUUCAUUAACAAGCUGCAGGACGCUCUCCACUCAGCGUGUUUCCUUUCUUGGCUAAAUUCCCCAAAAAUGUCAGUGUGACUUGAGAGUACUUUAUCGCUAGCUAGCGUCACCAUGAGUGAUGGUUGUCCUUUUAGCGUCUGUUAUUUCCUUUUGAUCAGCACCAAACCACUCAAGUCACUCGUCCCACAAUCUUGUAGCGACAAAAAAGCUGAAAAACUCUCUUAUGCCGCAAAACUGACUUGAGUUUAUUGAUUGUGUUCCUCAACAUGAUUCCCAGGAAGGGAAUCUGCACCACAGGUGGCGCUAUGGCGUCUCUAAGCCUCUCAGUACCAAUUAUCAUCUAUAAUGUUACAAAAUAUGGAAAGAAGCUAGCUAUCGGUGAACUGGUAGCGUGUUGAUUGGUGGGGCUAUGGAGCAUGCUAACGUCAUCUUGGCACACGUUCACACCAAUACGGGUAUGUUUAAAGACACUUAUUGCAUUUACUUUAAAAUACAGCGGAGCUGAGGUCAAGACAGUUGGCUAAAAUAUUUAUAAUUAGCAGAUUUUAAGGAGGCUACAGAAGAUGACCGAAAGAAAUAGCUGCGUAAGGGUGGAGCUAGCCUUAGCGUAGUACGCUUUGGUGAGUCGUGAUGAGUCAUGCGGCGAUGGAUUCAUUUGUACCCACGUUGUCUUCAUGUUUGCCAAGGAAUAUUCGGGACACACAGAAAGGGAAAACUAAAAGAAAAAUUGCAAAACAAAAAGGUCGACGCCUACGAUGGGAAUAUUAAGACUUUUUCUUGAGAUGACAUUAAUGCUAUUUUUAAAAUGUUUUUGUUCCGUUCAUGUUACGAUCUCAGUCUGGUUUUGUAAUAGUAUUUUUCUUUUUCUUUUCAAAUUGAAUGACAUUUCUGUGGCAGACGUAGCACUAUUUUGGCUUGAAUGUUGUUUUACUAUUACUUGGAAUUUAAUGCUCAUAAUAUUGCAACUUUCAGAAAAUGACUUUUUCUCGCAGUAAAUUUAUUCUUCAAUAAAUUCCUACUUUAUUCUUGCAAAUUAUGAUUUUAAUCUGUUCAAAUUCUGACUAUUAUUAUAUUUUCAUCAUUUCCUUGAUAUUAUGCAACAAAAUUAUUGUGUUGUAAAAAAUCCUAUUCUGGCAGUAACUUUAGGAUGAAAAAUAGUUACUUUAUUCUUGUAAAUUAUGGCUUUAAUCUGGUGAAAUUAUGACUUUUUCGCUCUAGUCAUGUUAUGUUCCUUUAUUACGCAAAAAACAAUUCACAAAAUUACUUUUUCUCGCAGGAAAUUAAUUGGGAAAGCAAUUACUGCUUGAUUCCUUGUGAGUUACGACUUUAAUCGGGUAAAAUAAUGUCGUUUUCCUCCUGUAGUCCUUUAAACGACAAUGCCUUUGUGAUAUUACACAUUGUAAUAUUGCACGCAGUACAUUUAUUCUGAAAAAAAAACUGACUUUAGUCUCUAAAACUACGAGUUUAAUCCAAUAAAAAUGACUUUUUCCUCCUGUAGUCAUAUUCAUUGCAAUAUUACGCAGUAAAUUUAUUAUAAAAAAAAAAUCUACUUAAUUCUGCUAAUUAUGACUUUAAUCUGGUAAAAUUGUGACUUUUUCCCUCUGUCGUCAUAUGACAACAGUUCCCUUGAAAUUCCACAAUAAAAUAUCGCUACUUUACUGUCUUAAAAUGAUUUUUUCUGGCAGUAAAUUUAUUCUGAAAAAAAUCUUUAUUCUCAUAAAAGUGCAACUUUAAUUUAUUACAAUUGUGUCUUUUUCCUCCUCAGCGUAUUACAACCAUUGCAUUGCAAGGUUACACAAUCAAUUCUCAUAUUUCUUCUUAACUUUCCUAAAAUAAUAUUUUUUUGCUCUAAAUUUAUUAUGUAAAAAAAUCCACUUAAUUCUCGCAAAUUACGACUUUAAUCAGAUUUUUUUUAAUAAUUGUUUUUCUUCUACGACAAAAUGAUUGUAAUGUUGCUACUUCACUUUCUUAAUAGGAUUUUUUGCUCACAGUAAAGUCGUUAUGAAAAAAAGGUCUACUUUAUUCUCGUAAGUUACAAGUUCCAUCUGGUGAAUAAGACAAAUAUGGCCUCCUAAAAUGUCUUUGAUGUUAUGCAAUAAACUCCUGGUAAUAUUGCUGCUUUAUUUAGUUUGAAUAAUGACGGAAUAAGAAGAGCACGUAAACGUCAGGCUUUUCUCGUGAAAUGACUCCCAUAUUCCGGUAAAAUGAUAACUUUUCUCAUCAAAUGUGGUCUUAGUUUGACUUGUAUUUCUUCAGCGCGUGUCCCUAGUACUCCUUGGCACGGGGUUUUACGUGCGUUGAAGUCCCGUUUGUUGUCAUCGCAGCCCCCCCGUGGACUCUGUGCAUCGAUAGCGUUGACUUUUUUCAAGCGGGCGAUGCUGGAGAGAAGCUGCAGCGCCCCCCCCCCCCGCGCGCGCUUGAAGCUUUUUGUGUAUUCUCCGGCGGUGGCGGCCGAGCGCUCAAAGACAUUCUGACACAGACUGUGAUCGUUUGCAGGGUAAACGCUUUCACGCUGACUUUUUCCUUUUCUUGGAUGAACUAACGCCACACUUUUAUCUUUUGGUUUUCUUCUUCUCCGAGCGAACGGUGGCUCACGAUGAUGCUGAUGCUGAUGCUGAUGGACCAUGUACAUGUUAUCAAUAUCCAAGUGUGCGCUAUACACGUACGUACGUAAGACUCAUCAUAGAUCUUUGUAUUCAUGUGACUCUCUUAAGAAAAUGUCUUCAAACAAUCCCACGAGUUUGUGUCCUGUCUUAUAAAGAUGGCCUUUGACUUCAUCUCAGUGUCUUCCUGGCAGGAGAUGAGCAACAUUCAUAGGCUUCACUGCACGUACAAAAAUGACCUCGCCACCCACUGAUGAUAUGGGUCCCGUUUGUUUUCCUGGUUGGACUUCCUUCAGUUUGGCUUUCUCACAGGAUCUGCCAUGAAAAAUGUGCGUUUGAAGCCGGAGACAAGAGUCCUCUCCGUGGCUGAGGUGUUUCAGAUCAAAACUAGAGUGUCGUAGUUCCCCCCCAGAUUGUGAGUUACAGCAUAAAUGUUGGUCCUCCGUGUAUUUGAUCUACACAUUUAUAUUCCUGGACCAUGGAAACAUAGCAUGAGCAAUUGGAUUCAUAAUGAUAUCAGUAUUAGUUCAGUAGUUAUUCACAAAAACUGCAUUUUGUGUAAAGGCGCUUCUCUUCUGGAUCUAUCUCCAUAGCUCAGGAAGAUACAACAAAUCCACAUUCCACAGUGUCUUGGCUAUAUAUGGUGGAAUGGAGUUUGUUCCAUGUUUAGAGCUGGAAAUUCCAAAGGUCCCCUAUUUUUUCAUUUCCUGGAUCAUAGUAUCCGGAAUGAUUCCAUUCUCUGGAUCAAUCUUUGAUAUUUUGUAGAACCUGUUGGAAACAUGUCCUAUAUUUUUCUUUACAAGUGCUCUGAGCAUUUUUUGUGGCGUUAUAUGCACAAAUGGCGAAAAUGGUCCUAUCUCGCAAUGUUAAAAACAUUUGUGGAUCCAGACUGUGAUCCGGAUCGCCCCCAAAUUGAAUCAGUUCUUCCAUAUCCCAUUUCCGACAAUUCCUGAAAAUGUAAAGAACUUUUGAAGUUCUUUUGAACACAAAUGAACAGAUAAAUGGUGGCAAAAGCAUAACCUCUGCACGGCGCUUGGCAGAGGUAAUGAAUACCAGGAGCUUUAUAGGUUGUUUACGUCUGCUCCUUUCAACCAGUCCUAACCACUGAUCUGUGUUAUGCAUCUGGAUAGCUCAUUGGCGAUGACUUGUGAAGCCACACGGCCGCCAUAUUGCUACUCACAAGAAACACUUCUCGACAAGCUUUUGCAUUCGUGGUGAACUUCUUUUAUUCAUUCGGAUUGGACACAAAUUUUGCCUUACGAUGCCUGCAUGUGCAGCUAUUAACUGCACAAAUCGCCAGUUCAAAGGCUGUGGACGAACAUUUCACCUGUAAGUAUGAUUGAAAUGUAGAUUUAUGAUUGAUCAUUGAAGGGUUUUGCACUGUCCAUCUCUCAGAUAUUUUCGAUCGUGUAAAAUUCCUCUGAUUAAAUGUAUGUCCAGAAUUGAUAGGUUUAUAUAGCUCUAUAAUAGCUAAGAGGAAAUGUAUCUACUUUUUUGUUCUAUCAUGAUAUAUGUAUUUCUUUAAGGGACGAAGGUUGCGUUACUUGAAGGAAUGGGAGAAUCUCCCCGCGUUUUAAUGUGAAAUAUAGAUGUUCUGUUAGCCUCUUCAUCUGCUUUGUACACUAUGUACGCUGUGCCAAUGUAGUUGACAUGUGAGUAGUAAGAUGGCGUCUCUUUGGCUUCAGCGGCUUGCAUGGGCCGGUGCGACGUAUGAGCUAUCCAGAUAUAUAAUACAGAUCAGUGGUCCUAACGCAUGCAUCAAUUAUUAGCGUGUCAGAGCCGGCACCCUACUGAUUUGGAAUGAUAUCAGAUCUGAUAUCGCCAAGGUAUUUGAUGUAUUGGCCCAAACGUUGACUAGUAGGUUUGUACGUUAUUCAUUGGUGUCACUUUCAAGGACUUUCAGUUGUUGUUCCAUCAGUAAGCACCCUAUUGAUUUUGAAUGCUAUCUUACAAAAAGUUAGUUUAUGUCAAAACAGGAACAAAACGCCAACUUUCAUGUGGCUAUCUAAUCUACAUGAUGAAAAGCAGUGACACCCCAACCCCUAAGCAUGAGCCCAACCCCUCACCCCUCGGCCUAACCUCUCACCCCAGCCCUUAACCCCUUACCAAUCAUUUCCAACCCCUAACCCUGUUAGAAGCCAUAACCUUUUACUCCUAAACCUAACCCCUAAACCAUCACCCCAACCCCGUAGCAAUGACCCUCAACUCCUAGAGAAGAGGCACAUGGUGUAUGUGAUGGAGAGCGGUGACAGAGUGUCCGUAGUGGCUAGCGUAUAAGCUACGUGUAUAUGUUGUGGUAGGAUGUCUCCAGUGGUGUAAUUGACUCAAUCAGCAUGAAGCCAAGUUGAUGUAUGAGCAAUUUCCUGCUAAAAUGAACUUGACAACGUUGGUGAUUGAUGGAUGAUGUUUUUAAUUUAUUCCCCUUUUUGGUCAUUUCCUGCUGGCCUGAAAUAGCCUGGCCACGCUGAGGCGCAUGUGGACGCGCCGUUGUUCAAGAUCCAACACUUGCCACCAAGAGACAUCAUGUUUUAUUUGGAGCUUUGAGUUGAUAAUAUGUUUUUUAAAUUAUUUUUAAGUGAGGACACUCGGUCUGGACUUGAGCAACGGUCACUGACUUGACUCGGUAGAAUAAGAUGUUGCAGAGCGUUGCAUCAGUGUCUAGUAAUAACUAUCUUCACUUGUUCACCGUGGAUGCAUUUUCUCCCAACAGGAAAUCCGUCCAGGGUCAAGCUGUCUCCAUCAGCUGUCCCCUGCUGUUAUUAUUAGGACAACAAAACAGUGAAGUCAAUUUAAAUACAAGUGGAAAAUGAAGCACUGCAUCUAGGAAACAAAAAUUGUCAUAUUAGUAUUUUCUUUUUACUAUAUUUUCAAAAUUGUGUGUUUUACUUUUUUGCAUCCCUACUGCAUCCCUCUUUUUUGCUGCCAGGAAAAGUUCCCAAAAACCCUAACCCCAACCUGUAAUCCCUUAUUACCUUUAACCCUAACCCCGUAACCCUAAGCCUAACAAUGAACCCCAACCUCUAACCCUGUUAGGAGAACCCCUUACCUAAGCCUAACCCCAACCUGUAACCCCUUACCCUUAACCAGACCGUUUGACCCUAAGCCUAACCAUUAACACCAACCCCUAACCCCAACCCAUGUUAGAGAACCCCUUACCCCAACCCGAAGCCUAACCCCAACCUGAAACCCGUUACCCUUAACCUGACCCUUUAACCCUAAGCCUAACCAUUAAUGCCAACCCCUAACCCUGUUAGGAGAACCCGUAAAAUGUUACCCCUAAGCCUAACCCCAACCCCUUACCCUUAACCCAACCCCUUACCCUUAAGCCUAACGUUAACUCCAACCUUUAACCCCAACCUCUAACCCAACCCUACGCCUAACCCUAAACUGUAACCUCUUACCCUUAAACUAACCCCUUAACCCUACACCUAACCCCUGACCCCAACCCCUAACUCUAACCAGUAACUCUGUUAGGAGAACUCCUAACCUUUUACCCAAAUCCUAACCCCUUCCCCUGAAGCUAAGCCUAACCCCUCCCCCAACCGUUUAUCAUUAACCCUCAACUUGUAACCCUGUUAGAACCCCUAAUCCAUUACCCCAAACCCCUAACCCCAACCCUAUGCCUAAACUGUGACCCCAACACCUAAUCCAUUACCCCCAACCCUCUUAGAACCCCUAACCCCUUAUCCCUAACCCAAAGACUAACCCCAAACCCUUCCUCCUAACCCCAACUCCCAAACCUGUUUUAGGAGGUUUUUUGCAGCUUAUUAGUGAAAAACAAACGCUACAUGGUUUUGAUACUAGUGUGAUGGCUGACUCCGCCCACAAACCCCUUUUAUUUGUAUUUUUGUGUGUUUCCUCGUGUGUGUCGGAGGACUGGAAGCGCCCUUGCUUGCCGCCAUUAAACAUCAAAAGUCAAACAAAUGUAGACUUCACACGUCGGUGGCACAAAACGCGUAGAAGCUGCCGUGUCUCCUGAGGCUGCGUGGGCGUGCUUCCAACGGGAUCAGGUGACAUCUUCUCUGUAAUGAUUGUAGCAACAGCGCCGGCUCGCCUUCUCCAAACAGGAAAUGGAAACACAGUGUGGCGGCGAGGGAUUUGAGGUCACUUAGCAGUGUGUUAUGAUAGCGCUACAGUAAUUGUUUAUCGAUUGACAAUUACUUUGUGCUGCGUUUGUGUGUGCGGUCUCCAGUGUCCACUUUGUUGUUAGUGCUGCUGGCGUGAAGCAGCGCAAACACCACCGCACACGUAACGGCUGUUAGUUAACAUGGAGCAUUCAUAUUAGCAAUACAGGACUCUUGUGUUGAUGCGACACAAAAAUUCAUCUUUACCCUACGAGAUGCACUCCUGUCAUGGAGAGGAUCUUUGACCGGCGUUUUUGCAGUAGAUCCUAAACAACAGGAGAGAUCUUAUGUAAAAAAUAUGUUUGGGACUGGUCUAACAUUAGUGUUGUCCAAGCCUGCAGUUAUGGUUGCACCUUGGCACGGUGAGGCAUUCAAAUCUCAAGAAAUGUCGCUUUCCGACGAUGUUUAACACACAUAAGCACGCAAUCAGGGGCCGGCGUAAAAGAGCACGAGUUGGCCCGUCGGCUUAGAAGGGGUUACCCACAGGGCGGCAGGACUUCCACCAGAAAAUUCCUUAGUCGGGUUCAUCAGCUGACCUCACAGGAUGUUGUGACUUCCCCUCACAGCACUGAUCCGGUCAGUGGCGUGUGGCUUCUUCACAAUGUCAUGAGUCCAUUGUGUCGGAUCAGCGUGUUAGCACAGCGGGAGCACGCUUCCCGACAUGACAACGCAAGCCGGCUAGACGGGAAGCAACCAAGCGAGGAAGCGAGGAGGUCGGCUGCCAAAUCGCCAGAAGGUACGGCGGCUCACGGUAACGGGGAAGCGGCCCGUGGCUGCGCUUCCUGCUGCAGAAGCGGGGGCGGAGUCACAUGACUUCUAUAUUAACCUUGGUCUGGUCCCGCCUGGUCGGAUCCAAACCAAGCACUUCGAGGCAACAUCCUCGUCCAAAAGUCUUCAUGAAUGAUUAGCUGCUGUUUUCGUUGGUUGCUUGGAACGUUGAAUAAUUUAGGAUUCUUUUUGGAUGAUGCUCCAAGAAGGGUGGGUUCUAUGAAAAUAUCAUAAUACGAUGUACUCUAUGAUCACAUGAAAACAUGCACUAGUAUACAAUUCAAAUAGUAGAAAAUUGAUGAUAUAUUUCCUAAUCAUUUUGUAUUCAAAACAAAAAAACAUGGUUCAAAUGUAAAAUAAAUAUAAAAAUGUACAUACUAGUAUACAUUUAUAUACAAUGAAAUAUUUAUCAUUUUCUAAAAUAUACAAUUGGCAUAAAAAGUACUCGCCGGUGCCCUGCAAAAACAUUACCAAGUAAUUCCCAAUUAUUUUGUAUUUAAACGUUGGGUGUAUGUAAAAAAGAUUUUAAAAAAAUAAGUACAUUUACAGUUCACAUGUAAAAUGCAUCUAAAAAUGUUCAUACUAAUAUAAAAGUCUAUAAAAUGCCCUAGAAAAUGUUAUUUUUUUUUUUUUUUUACAAUUUUCUAGUAUAGAUACUGUAGACUUAAAUAUAGAACAUACAGUUGGGAACAUAAGUAUUUGAUUAUGGUGGAUUUAUUGUAAGACAGAUAGAAUCCAGAUACGCUAUUAAAUGUAAACUAUUGACUGACAAAAAUGGCUCCUGAUGUGUCAAAAAGAAGAAAUGUCUGACCUCCGUGUUUGCCGACGAGGCGUUCUCCACAAAUCCUAGGCCACGUUUUGCUUAGGGAUCAAAUACUUCUUGCUUUCAACAUGACUGAAUUUGAGGCGAAUUCCUUCCACGAGGGACAGGAAGCAGACGUUUCAGACAAAACCGCUUUUGUCGCUCAAAAUAUGACAAAGUGCGUGCAGGGUCACGAGGCGCCGUGGCGGUGCUGAGGCGUUCAGAACCUGGGAGACGUCCACUUGAUUAAAAGUCACUCUGAUGUCCCGCGGAGCAGAAAGGCUUCACUUUGGAGGAGAAUUGUCUAUCUUCACGUUGAGCCUCCACAACUUGCACUCCCGUCACAGACAGGAUCUUUGACUGGCGCUUUUGGUCUUCAAAAACAGCAGAGCAAGCACUGCUGUCAAAUGGGGGGGCUUUGACUCACUUUUUGCAGCAGGUACUUAAAAACAGCAGAGAAAGUACUCCUGUCACAUGGAGGGUCGUUGCAUAGCACUUUCUGUCGUAUGUCAUUUUUGUCAUAUAGAAGAUCUUUGACUAUCAUUUUGCAGAAAGUCCUGCAAAACAGCAAAUCAAGUGCUCCAUAUGUAGAGGCUCUUUGACUAGCACUUCUUGCAGUAGGUCCUUAAAAACAGCAGAGCAUUGAGGCCACACAAAGGAUCUUUGAGUAGGUCCUUAAAAACAGCAAAGCAAGUACUCUUGUCACAUGGAGGGUCUUUGACUAGCAUUUGUGCAGUAGGUCUUUGAAAACAGCAGUGCAUUCCUGUUGCACAAAGGAUCUUUGACCAUUUUUGCAGUAGGUCCUUAGAAACUGCGGAGAAAGCACUCCUGUCAUAUAGAGGGUCUUUGACUAGCACUUUUUGUGGUAUGACAUUUUUGUCAGAGGAUCUUUGGUGAGAAUUUUUGCAAUAGGUCCUUAAAAACAGCCAAGGAAGCACGGCUGUCAUAUAGAGGCUCUUUGACCAGCAUUUCUGCGGUAGGUUUUCCAUAGCUCAGGCUGUGACUGUGACACGGUUGUCCUCCACUGACCUCUGACUUCACAGCCCACAAGGUUUGACUUAGUUAGCAAAAAGCAUCGCUGAUUCCCCGUCGCUGUUCGCCCCAAAGUAUGCAUCAACAUGACAGCAGAGCGAAGUUGAAUUAUGGGAAGAGGCUUAGAAGACAAAUCUUUGCCCUCAUUACUUAUUCAGCACGACCUAGCCUAGCCUAGCCUAGCCUAGCAUAGCAUAGCAUUAGCAGCAUUUCUUCUAUUCUAAAUACUGCAUGUAUACACAGGACAUACAGUACAUGUAAAAUAAUAGUCUUCUCUGAGACGUGACGUGCAUGUGGCGCCACCUGCACACGUCAACUUUAAAGACGCCUCCAGGGUCCGACUCCCAGCCUCAUCCUGAGCCAACGUCGUCCAUGGAUGUUUUUCAUUUAUUAUUGUUAUUAUUCUUUAGACGUGCUGUCAGCGUGGAAAACUGACAGUGUCCUGCUGAUGCUGCUGCGUGGCGGGAGUGGCGCCCCGCCGCAUCAACAUGCUGAUGCAGCCGAGGACGCCAGAUGAGACUUCACACGUGGAGGCGGAGGAGGAAAGCUCUUCUUCCUCAUCUGCUAUUUAUUUUCCAGCCAUGCAGGUUAGACGGUUGCUACGCCGGUGGCACAGCGCCGCGAUUACGCCAAUCCUCUUUGCAGCCCUUUUUCUGCCCCCGCUGUCCAAACCCUGUGAACAUUUAAUAUGACGGCCGAUAAAGACAUGCUGAGCUCUCGCCAUUGUCAGCAACGAGCAGAUGGAAACACCUUGCUCACCUCGGAGGAGAGCUUCUCAAAGACACGUUCAGCUCAGGUCAGCAGCAAAAUCAUCAGCAAUCCAUCAGACGCUUCUCUGAGAUCACAAGGCCAAAAAUUCACACUGCUUCCUAAUUGGCGUGUUUUGUGUGAAAGAGGUUAAAUAUGCUGUAUUGAGAUCGAUCUGUCAUCUACCUGUUGAGCCUUUGAGCCCUCAUGAUUGAUUAGUUAUGCCUGCAGAUGCCAACGUGGCAACUGUGAGGUGAGGGUGGGUGGGUGGACCUGAAACAAUAUGCUCAUGGUUAUAGUCAGAAUAAAUCACAGGACAAAGUUUGUAGGUGAGCACAAAAAAUACAUUUGUGAACAAUUGAACAAUAUUUAAUACAACAGUAGAAGACAACAGAACAAGAUCGGCAAAAUAAUACAAGCACUUUCACGACGGAGUAUUAGAGCCACAUUGAAAAAAAGGAAUCUGAGCUUUCAAGAAUAAAUGUACAAGAAAAAAGUUGUCAAUUUAGGAGAAUAAAGUUGUAAAUGUACGACUUUGUUUCUCGUUAAUUGACGACUUUAUUCUUGAAUCUCAGAUUAGAGAAUAAAUUCUCCAAUAAAAUCUCAGAGAAUAAAGUUGUAAAUUUACGGGAAAAAGUCUCAGAAAUGUGCAAUUUUUUGUCGUAAAUUUACUACUUUUGCUCACAAAUUUUCCUCAUGCGUUUUUUUCUGUAAUCUGAGAUUUCGAGAAUAAAUUUCUGAGAAAAAAGUUCCCUGAGAUUUUAAAUAAAGAAUAAAGUUGUACAUUCACGACAAUAUUCUCAACAGAUUUUAUGAAAGAAUUUAUUAGAGAAUUUAUUCCCUAAUCUGAGAUUUUGAGAAUAAAUUUCAGAAAAAAAAAAGUUGUACAUUUACAACUAUUUUUGUAAAGUUACAACAAAAAAUUUAUAACUUUUUCUCAGCAAUGUACGACUUUAUUCCCGUACGUUUAUUCUCAAUAGCUCAGAAAAAGGGUUGUGAAUUUACUAUUUAGAAAAAAAGUCAGAAAUGUUACCUUUCUUGCAGCAGGUAGAGACUUGACCUUUGGCCUUGGGCAUGUGUAGGGGGGCGGGGAAAGGAAGGCGGAAGUGGGAAAGGCUAGCCAUGCUCAUCUGUUUGUUUUGCUAUCAGGUGAUGAAUGAUGCAAGAGGAAGAGUUAUGCUGUAUUUUCCCUCUGACAUGACGACACACAAUAUUACCACGUUAUUCUCCUACUUUUACCACUUUUCUUCUUGAAAAUGUACAACUUUAUUCUCCUAAAUGUACAACUGUUUUUAGAUUUUGAGAAUAAAGUUGGAAAUUUGCGAGAAAAAAAUGUCCACAUUUUUUUGUGGUAAAAGUACAACUUUAGUCACAAACUCACUUUUAGUAUGCAAGCAAAAUAACAGCACACAGCAUAAAAAUACAUUCUGUCGCUAUCAGCAAUGUCGCAAUAUCAGCAACACAACAAGAACACUGAUAUUUGUGAAAAAAAACAAGACGAGAACGUUAAAAUAUCGAUAUAAUCACACCAGUAUCGACCACAUACUGAUACUGCUGUUGGUCUCAAGGUAUCGAUAUAUGCAUCGAGCCAACCAACCCCUCCUGCUUUCACGUUGCUGAAACGUCACGUUGGCCUGGUAGUUCCAAUUCAAGCGAUGUCCAACCCGGUCUCCAUCAUCUCCAUCGUGGACGUCACUGUCCAUAAAAGCCGACUUCUUGUCUUUGACAUCCUCACGUGUAAACUUAAUGUUUCUGUCCAAUACUUUGGAUCCUGCACCAACUCCUCGAGUUGUCCUAGAGCUGUCCUAUCUAGUCAGACUAGUGUUUGUCCCACCUCGUCUUUGACCAUAAACAGAUGAAGCCUGCUUCAUGCCGCCCGCGCCGGGGCUCGAACACGGACCUUCGUAAUGGAAGACUGGAGCGCUGACCGUUCGGCCAAAAGCCCACACUGGCUGGCAUCGUUACAUAUAACAUAUAACGUUACAUAUAAAAUAUACAACCUCACAGUCCAGAUGCGAUGGAUUCAAGGCCCGGACGAUAAAUGACUUCAAAUAGAUUGCCAUCAUAUUUGGAAAUGGGCUACGGUCUUGGAGUAUUUGUGUGUCUCGCCCGUGGAGAAAAUAUCAGGGUUUUUUGCUUUUCUGACACUGCGUGACACAUGCAAGUAUUGCUGCUCCGGCUUGUAUCACAAUGGACGUGGGCGUGCCUUUCAAACGCUGUGUUGACAACGCAGCCACGCAUGUUGUUUACAAGCAGCGCGGGUGAUCGCACACUUGGCUAAAAGUUGCCACGCCAGUUCACUUACAAACUUUACCAGCAUCAGUGAGAGACUUUCAAGUGUUAUUGUUUGAUUUCAUGAUUUGAAAUGCCAAAUGCAGGUAGAUCAGUCUCUUAUUUUGAAGAUAAUUACUUCACAAUGAGGAGAAAGAACAAAACAUACUUUUGAUAUGAAAUUCUUUGCAUUACUUACACAAACAUGCAUUAGGUUUGGCUAACUGAAGACUUUAAGUGUCUUUAAUGUUUUCAAACUCAUUUACGAUUUGUUCAUGAAAACAAUUGUCCUGCUUUUAACGAAAAAAACAUAAUUUUGCUUUGUUACUUGACGUCAGGGUUUGGCAAAAAUCAAAAUCACAAUUAAUCAAACCUCCAACCUCGAUUUCGGUUAACGUACGAUUACACGGACGUCUUGUGAAGUGCUGAGAAAGCCUGCCUACGUUCAAAAGGAGACUGCGUUUCGGAGCCUUCUUCCCUACUGACGUCCUUUGACGUCGCCCGUGUUUGUGUGUGACUAAUUGCUUUUAUUUCAUGAAUUUGGCAGAAUUACAAUUUCUGAUGCAUUCUCGAAUUCCGAUGAGGGGAUGUUUGUUAACAAGAACGAAGUGACUGUCGGUAAAUGCAGAUUUUUCUUGUUGUAAGUCCGUGUAAAUACACUUGGCUAACAUUGUCAUUCGCCACAUCUCCAAAGAUGAAGCCAUGAGUUUAACUCUGGUCUUCCAAACACGACUCAACUGUAAACAAGGCGAAAUGACCUAUCGUGGUGUCUAUCAUCACAAUGUUGAGCACCCUGGGGGAAGGGGACCGAAAUAACCAACACGGCGGUUUUAUGUCGAUUAGAACCUCUAAAUGUCAAUUUUGGUUAUUUUUCCAUGAAUCGCCCAGCCCUACUUGAAAUAGUCUUUGAUGCUUGGCAUAGACAUGUACGCUAGGUUCAUUGGGAGUGCUAAACUUUCUGUUAUUCACAAAAAUACAAAGACUAAAAUUUGUCAUCUUGAAACUAUCUUUCAUGUAGACAAAAACAUACAAUAGGUUUGAUGAAAGCACUGAACUAAAAAAAAUACACGUUUCAGUCGUUGAAUGAAUACAUUUCUUCAAUGUUUACAAAAAAGUGUACAUUCAGUAGGAUGCGGCAUCAUUUUAAUUUGAACGAUUCUGGUUCCAAUUUCGAUUCCAAACAAUUCUUGAUUCCGAUGCCUUUAAGAGGCAGCGUCAUAAAAGUUAGCAUGGUUUAAAGCAGAGUUGUUUGUGGAUGAAAUGUCUGAACUUCUCCAUGAAUUGUUUAAUGAUAUGAAAGUUUAAUGAAUUCCUUACAGGCCUGUUUUCAACCAGUAUGUAAAUAUCGAAGCAUGCAAACCCAAGAGAAAUGUUCUGAAGUUUCUUUUUUUACAGGAUUACACUUUCACAAAAGAUGUUUAGUAUUGAAAAGUUGUAUACUUUGUUUGCUGCCUCAAUGUUGGUGUAAGCAAUUUUUAUGACACCAUUACUUUGUUAACACAAGCAAACAGGAUGUAGCCCAAAAUGAUCUUAUUCUGAAGGCUGGAAGUGUGUUGGGUGAGUUGAGAAGGCCUCUUGCUAACAGCCAUACUGUGCAAAUGAAUAAACUUGCCUUGCCGUAGCUCCCAUCCUUUAUUUGCACCCAGCUUCCACAUCAGCUAGCAUCCUGGAACCCUGGCUUACGUGGGCAGAGACAGACAUCAUGUAUUGUUUGACUUCCCUGUUUCUGACCGCUUAGAGGAGCAGUGCAUCAAAGACCGGAUACUACGUUAUGUCAUGCACCCUCCUUUGCAAAUGUUGAGCUGACCCCACCGCUCUUUUUUAAAAUCAAUUCUACUUUUCAGACGCUUCUUCUUCAUUGGUGUUCACGGCUAUUUCUUUCGGUUGGCAAAAAGGGCAUCGGAACUAGGAAUCGAAAUAAAAACAUUUAAACGAUCACGGGAGAAUCUGAAUGUUAGUCCCGCUUGCCAUGGAUGCUCGAGACCCGAUGCCCAAACCCUAACAUCGGGUACGUCAAAGACUCAACUGCGUUCACUGUUUUGGUUAAAUUGUCUUCAGUGUUUACAAAAACACAUAAGUUUUGUUCAAACUAGAAAUUAUGUUUGGUGUUCACAAAAACGUUAGCUUUGUCCAAGACCAAAUAUACGUUAUGAUCAUCAAAGACUUAAGUUGUAACGUUUACGAAAAAGCAACCAGGUGUGAAUCCCGCCUCACACCCUCAAUCAACCAGAAUAGCCUCCGGCCCGCUGUGAGCCUUCACGGGAUGAGCGCUAAAGACAACUGUAGCAUGUCGUCUAUCUGUGGUUAGUCUCCACGCUCGUCAUGAGCAUAUGUCACACACGGCCUUCCUGUGGUCUUGGCUGCUUUGUCGGUGAAGAGCAAAGAGCGCUGAACAGCAGCUGCUCAGCAAUGCGGCAAGGUGAUGUUAUCUGGUGCUUUUGUGUGUGUGUGUGUGUGUGUGUGUGUGCGUGUGCGUGUGUGUGUUUCUCACCUGGUUGAUUUCCCAGUCAUGUAGUCUUCUUGUGAGACUGCGGCAUUGGCAGAUAGUUUGACAUAAGAGGCUGCCUGAGGGACAUGUUGACUUUAAUGCUGACUGACUGUGAAACAUACCAAGUGAAUAUAAUAAUAAAGUGUACAAGGCCCCCACGAGAUAAAUCACGAUAAAUAAUGUGUGUGUCGUGUCACUCAAUGGAACGCAGACCUCCACCAAAAUUCCGAAGCUAAAGAUCUUUAAAAGUUUGACCCACGACCUCGGCUCCCUCGGCCUUCUUUGAGUCGGGUGUCGUUCAAAAAUAAAUAGGCUUUUGCUAAAUAUUGACCGCAGCAUAUUUUUACAGCAUCACACACACUGCCGACAUCCAUCAACAGCCAGAGGUCACAUGACACGCACGAGCCUUCCUUAGCCAUGCGUGCGGCGUCCACGUCUCCUUUGAUGGACGACGACUCGGCUCCGGAGUACAUUUCACGAGCUCACUUGACCUUUACCCGCAGAGCUCGCUUCAGUACGGCGAGCAAUGAAGGGCUCCAUCAAUUUAACACACGAUUUGGCUCCGUCAAAGACCCCCGCCCCCCUCGCCGUGGAAC